AUGGAUGAAUUAAAUAAAUCAGGUAUGUCUUUAUCAUAUGUACCAAAACCAUUAGAUUUACCAAUAUUAACUAUUGAACAAAAUGCAUCAUCAACAAUGAAUGUUGAACAAGAAGAAAAAGAAAAAGAAGAAGAUUUUAUUAAAAAUAAUUAUGUAAAACGAACAUUAUUAAAUGAAUCUGCAUUACCACCUAUAACAUGGUCAAAUUGGUAUAAAGAAGUUAAUUGGCCACAAGCAACAUUAUUAUGUCUUGAACCUUUUAUUGCAUUAUAUGGACUUUUUACAACAUGUUUUGUAUGGCAAACAGCUGUUUUUACUCUUUUAUGGUAUUUUCUUACUGGUUUUGGUAUAACAGCUGGUUAUCAUCGUUUAUUUGCUCAUCGAGCUUAUGAAGCAACAUUACCUUUACGUUAUAUUUUACUUAUAUUAGGUGCUGGUGCUGUUCAAGGAUCAGCACAAUGGUGGUCACGUGGUCAUCGAGCACAUCAUCGUUAUACAGAUACUGAUCUUGAUCCAUAUAAUGCACAUAAAGGUAUAUUUUAUUCUCAUAUUGGUUGGUUAUUAUUUAAAUCUCGUCGAAAACCUGGUGUUGCUGAUGUUACUGAUUUAAUACAUGAUUCAAGUGUUCAAUGGCAACAUCAAAAUUAUAUAAGUUUAGCAUUUUUAAUGUCAUUUGUUUUACCUACAAUUAUAUGUGGAUUUGGAUGGAAUGAUUAUCGUGGUGGUUAUUUUUUUGCUGGUGUUCUUCGUCUUGUUUUUGUACAUCAUUCAACAUUUUGUGUUAAUUCAUUAGCACAUUAUUUAGGUAAUGCACCAUUUGAUGAUCGACAUACACCACGUGAUCAUUUUAUAACAGCUCUUAUUACACUUGGUGAAGGUUAUCAUAAUUUUCAUCAUGAAUUUCCAUCUGAUUAUCGUAAUGCACUUAAAUGGUUUCAAUAUGAUCCAACAAAAUUAUUAAUAAAAUUUUUUAAAAAAAUUCAUCUUGCUAGUAAUUUAAAAGAAUUUCCUCAUAAUGAAAUACAAAAAGGUCGUUAUUCAAUGACAUGUAAAGCAUUAGAUAAAUUUGGUCAAACUAUAACAUGGCCUAAACAAAAUUCUCAAUUACCUAUUAUUACAUUUGAAGAAUAUCAAGAAUUAUCUAAGAAAAAUGAUGGUCGUGCUUUAAUAUUAAUUGCUGGUUUUAUUCAUGAUGUUAGUCAUUUUAUUGAUUCACAUCCUGGUGGUCGAACUAUAAUUAAAAAUUAUAUUGGUAAAGAUGCAACUGUUCCAUUUUAUGGUGGUAUACAUGAUCAUAAUACAGCUGCACAUAAUAUACUUGCAAUGAUGAAAGUUGCUGUUUGUAAAUAUGGUGGUGAAGUUGAAUAUAUUAAAAGAAAAUUAGGACAUGUUCAAACACCGACACCUAUAUUUGCUUAA